AUGGCGAGACCCAUGAGCGUGACGGCCGGACCAAUUGCCUCCUCGUCCCCCACCGUCACCGUAACCCUAGAGAACCCCGCUGCGUCGGCGUCCUCUCAACAGCCUCCACAACAGCAACAACAGGAGACGCUAGUCCUCAAGCUUAACCGGAAGAAGAAGGUGACGUGGAAGGAGGGCACGGUGGACAACGAGUUCAUGCAGAAGAAGAGCUCCAAGAAGUGCUGCAUCUUCCACAAGGAGAAGCCCUUCGAAGACGACGACAGCGAUCAAGACGACGACCACCACGACCACAAUCACAACCACGACGCCUCUUGUUCUAAGGAUCACUGA